GGGGGCCGCAUUCGACCUCGCAAUUGGCGCUGCAUUGAACGAGACCAACGCUGGACGCCACUGGCUUGCUUCAACAACCUCAAACGAUCGGGCGACCUUGGACAUCGCUGACGAAGUGGCUUACUGGCGCGUCCAUGACAUCUCGUCGUUCGAGAUGCAGUGGCAAAACUACAAGCACAUUGGACUGCUCCAGACGUACACUAUCACGAGCGCCUUUGGCAGCGUGUAUCCCUUUACGAUCCAAGCGACCAACGGCAGCUUUCGCUUUCCGCUGCAAACGUCGUUCAAGAUGUACUGGGGCUUUGGGGGCGACCUGACGAUGGUACUUUACAACCAAACGUAUGCACUCCCGGGUACAUCGCUUGUCCGAGGCUCUGCUGCGUAUGCCUAUCAGAACGUCUCGUCGCUCGAGGCCAUGCUCUUUCUCAACGGAACGCUCACAGCGCCGCUGGACGAAGGGUUGGCUCUGGUGCGCAGCGCGCUGGGUCCGUUCGGGUCCAUGGACUUGCAGUACGUGGCGAUGCCAGCGUCCGUGCAGGCGCUGCUUCGAUCGACAUUUCUCUUCAUCGCAACGGCCCGUGUCGCAUCGACGGAGCUACAAGCUGCCUUUGAUGCUGUACCUGGGUAUAUGGCGUCGCCCGUGCCACCGUCGUGGCUGGCCGCCGACUUCUACGCCCUUGGUGGCUCGCCCUUGUGUCCGAGUGCGAUUCGCAACUCGGGCGCACGCAUCGACUUGGGCUUGGCAGAGAUGUUUGUCUCGCACAGCCAAUGCCACAAAACGAGCGUCUCUAGCAUGCUCGAACCCUCGGCCACCCAUGUGCUCGUGGCGUCGGCGCUUCUUCCUCGCGAAAUCAACUGGACCAAAGUAUGCGAGGUAGACCCGCAAGUGGUGACGGCAUGUGUGCAAGCGACGACAGCAGCUUUCUCGUUCUGGUCGCUCGCAACGAGUGCUCCAAGCACCAGCGAAGGGCUCGAAGCGGUUAUCGCAGAUAUCACGACGCUUCACAUCCAACUAUUUCAGUUUGGCGCGACGACCCCGACAACGCCAAUGGCACUUUACACGUACGACCUCUUUGACGCAAGGGAUCCUAUCUACCACUACUAUGCGUGGCUCUACAUGUACGACUGGCUCCUCGGCAAGCGGGAAGUCGUUCGGUUCACGGGCGACCACGGUUCGAUGACGCUUCUCUCGGGUCGCAUCGUCUAUGCGAUCAGCUCCAUCGCAACAAACGAGUUCCCGACCAACUUCGCAACGUACGCCCAAGCCGCCAACGAUUACGUCACCUUGGUCGACAUUAGCCUCGCGGGGUGUACGUGGAUGUACAUUGCCAUUAGCCGCGGCCGCGUCGAAGGUCGCAACAUGCUGUCGCUGCACAGCGUCGGCAGCGUCGUCUGGAUCGGUCGACCGCUCCUCCUCCUUCGCAGUCUCACGGCCAUCUCGAUUCUCUCGACCGCGACGCUCCGACUCACGUCCCUCGGGCCGUUUGCUGUGUUUGUCUCGGACACGCCGCCGUGGUACACGACGAUCCUCGCCGCCAGCGAGGUCACGUGGCUCGGUGCGAUCGUUGUCGACAUGGGCCUUCCGCUCACGCGCGAGUUGACGCGGCAUUUUACGCUUCUCAACAACCUCCUCGUGUGGACUAUCGCAGCUGCGCUGAGCUUUACGUCGCCCAACACACACACGCUGCGCCAACCCGAGCCAGCCUGCGUCCUCGCCCAAGUCGACUGGCAGGUCGUGUGCGUCGCCGGAGACAUUGCGAUCGGCCAUCGCUCUCGCCUCCUUCUUUUGAUUGCGGUCGUCGUCGUAUCACAUCUGAUGUGCUUUCUGGUCGCACGCAUCUGGCUCCGGCAGUCCAGAUUGAGCAGAGUCCACUCGCACUUUUUAUCAUCCGGUGCGAUCUUCCUCUUUGCCCAUGCGCACUGGCAGCGACACGGUGUGCUGUACAUGGACCGCGCCUCCGCCGUCUUUACCGGGCUCCUCUCGCUGCGGUUCCGCGGGCGGCUCUGGGUCUUUGACGUCAAGACGUGGCGGGUGUUUCAUCUACCGUCCGCAGCAGGAACAGAGAGCGACGCCGCGAUAGCGAUGGCACUGCCGCUGAUCGAAUAGAUGUGACUUGGAAAUCAAUUGGUGUGGAUGCGGACGAGAG